UCGGCGUCGAAAUUCGUAGUAGAUACAUACGUGUUUGUGCCACAGAAGUGAUAAAAAAAAAAUUAAGGAACAAAAUGAAAAGGAAUUCAACGAAUAGUUUAUAGAUUCUUUUACAAGUGAUAUUUUUUGGAUUCCUUAAGUCAACUGCUCAACCUUACGUCAAAAUGUGAAUUACUGGGAACCUUGGUGGUUUUCUAAUUAGUGAUUUUGUUGAUAAUGAAUUUCGAAUCAUUUUCGCAUAUAUGUGAAGAAAAAAGGGCUAAGUAUGCAUAUAUAUCAGUAACAAAGCCAUGCAAUGUAAAAACCAUAGAAUUAUAUAAAAAGAACAGUUUAUUCAGACGUCCAAAGGCUUUUACAUACAAACAUAUGAUCGUGCGCUAUACGAUUUGUUACUGAAGAGAUUUGCUUAGCUAAAGAGUAUGAAUGAAGGAAUUCGGUGCUUAAAAUGUUAAAUGCAAACCGGGCUACUAGAAGUCAAUUAACUAAGGCAACUACAUAUAUAAUUGCUUAAUGGGUUUUAAGUAAAAGUCUAACUAACUAAAUUUUGAUACAUUAACGAAAAGCCGUACGAAACAAAAAUGACGGUCGAUUUCAAUGAUUAUUUUUGGGGGGAGAAGAACAACGGGUUCGAUGUACUCUACCACAACAUGAAAUUUGGCUGGGUAGCGAGCAAAGAACUUUCCGAAUUCUUUCGCGAAAAGUCCAAUAUCGAAGAACAAAACUCCAAAUUGAUGGCCAAGUUGGCGCACAAAGCCAGCACUGGCACAUUGAAUAGUACAUUUGCGCCCGUUUGGACCAUACUGCGCACCUCGGCGGAAAAACUCUCCACCCUCCAUCUGCAAAUGGUGCAAAAGCUUACCGAAUUGGUGAAGGAUGUUGCCAAAUAUGCCGAUGAAUUGCAUAAAAAACACAAAAGUGUGAAGGAAGAAGAAUCGCAAACCCUGGAAUGCGUGCAAGCGAUGCAAGCAUCCACAGCGGCUGUGCAAAAGUUGCGCGAUGUCUACGCGAGCAAAGUGCUGGAGUUGGAGAAGUUGCGCAAAGAUAAUGCAUCACAGAAGGAUAUCGAAAAAGUCGAAACGAAAUUACGUAAACUACAGGACGAAUACAAGACGCUGCUUGACAAGCAUAACCCGAUCAAAAAUGAUUUUGAGCGCCGCAUGACGCAGACGUGCAAGCGCUUUCAAGAAAUCGAAGAGGUCCAUUUACGACAAAUGAAGGAGUUUUUGUCUACAUUCUUAGAGAUGUUGCAAAACAACCACGACAUGGUUGGACAGGUGCAUUCAGACUUUAAGCGUCAGUUUAAUGACAUGACCGUCGACAAACUUUUGGAGCAAUUUGUGCUCAACAAAUACACAGGCUUAGAAAAACCAGAAGUGCCCGAACUCGAAAUCAUUCCACUUUCUAUACAGCAACAACAGUCCAUCUCAGCUACGCGGUUGAAUCAGCCCGGCGGGACUGCAGCGGCUGCUUCCAAUUCCAACUCGGCCACAAGCAUUCAAGGUGCCAUAUCACGUAUUACCAGUGGUAGUGUAUCAAUGGAUCAACGAGGCAGCGCUGGUAUCGAAGCGGGCUCACUGGGAAGUGGUGGCGCUGCCGGUGGUAGUGGCAGUGGCAGCAAUAGUAUACUAAACGCUGACGACACCAUACUCGGCAUACAAUCAUCACCACGUGCAACAUCACCGAUUUUAGUGAGCGCCACAACAGCAAACGCCGCCUCCAGUGUUGCCGCUAUCACAACUACUAGCAGCGCCAGCACUGGGCCUGCAGGUGUGUCGUCGUCAAGCACAUCAACAACCACUUCCACAGUGCGCAGCAAUUUUUUGAAUUGGUUUUCAUCGAGCAUUCCAAGCAGCAAGCAACAAGCAAAUGCCGCAACAAGCAGCAACGCUCCAACAGCUGAAACACCAGCAGCAGCAGCAGCAUCAACAACAACCGCUAAUAGUAGUGGUGGUGGCAAUUUCGGUACGGAUAGCAAUGGUUCUACCCACACCGGCACAGCCAUCAUCAAAUAUUCCCUUAAUUCAGAGCUUCAGUCACUGCAGGACAAUAAUAAUCAAGGUUCAUUUAUGUCGUCUGCUUUAACACAAUUACAAUCAGAACAAAGUGCCACUACUACUACUACUACUUUCUCUACUACUGCUAGUCCUCCUACUCACUGUACCACUGAAAAUAAUACUACUACCACCAACAAUACCACUACAUCAUCCACAUCCUCCUCUAUAACAAUGUCUGGCAUCUUGCGUAGUCGCCGGGACAAAGCGAAAACCAAAAAGUCUAAAAAGAAGAAAGAUGGCGAAGCUGCUGAUAAUAUACAAGAGGAGCGCCUGGGCAGUGUGGAUCGCGCCAACAAUUCCUAUGACACCGAAGAAAACAAUAAAAUGAAGGCGCAGAAUUCUAGCGGCAGCAGUGCUGGUGGUCUAGGCAUAUCGUCUGCUUCAGCUCCAGGCAGCGUCGACUCGUCGGGUGGCGGAGCUGGUGCACUGGGUAUUAAUGUUUCUGGAAAUAGUGGAAGCGGCAUAGCAGGGAAUGGUGUAACGAGCAAUGCGAAUACUAGCAGCGGCGCAACCGGAAAUGGUACGGCAGGUGGUGCUGCUGGUGUAAAAGCAUAUGGCGCUAAUGAGGUGGACGAAGAUGGCUAUAGUAUGCAACCACCGAAGGAGAUUGCCUGGGAGGAGAAUCACGACAAAACUGGCGGUUUCUACUCUGACUCCGAUUCAGACUCAGAUAACGACAAGCCAGAACGACGCAUUCAUGUGAAAAUCAAGCCACUAAACAAUGGCCAGGCGCCAAUGUCUGCCAGUGUGGAUGAGUUGCGUGCCACGGUGGAGAAUAUAUCACUUUCGCCUACUAGCGUCUUUUCGACUUUCAACCAACAGCACAGCAACCAGCAGCAGCAGCAAUCGCGCAUCGCUUCACGACAGCAGUCGCCCGAGAUAUCCAAUGCAUCCACGCCCACGGCUACGGUGCAUCCAUAUGCGCCGCUGCAGAGCCCGACACUCUCCAUGUCCAAUAAUUCACGAUAUGCCGAUUUAGGCGAUAUAUUCUCCGAGUUGGGAGAAGUUAGUGUCUCGGCGCCAGCCUCCGCUACGCUUUCAAAGUCGAACAGUCGUCAAAUACCAACACCUACGUCAGCUAGCAGUAUUGCAAUCCCACGACCACCUUCACGACGUUCUGAAAUGGUAAUGGCACCCACAGUGGCGGCAGCACGUGGACGUAUUAGUCCAUCGCCAGCUAUGAAUCGCGCAGACAGUAUUGGCAGUUUGGAAUUCCGCACUGCUAUCGGUGGUAUUGGGUCUUCGCGCGGACCUUCGCCGCUAACCAUCGGUAUAUCGGACACGAUCCCAAUAGCGGUGGCAUUCCAUGAAAUCAUACACGCCUACUUUAGAGGUAGUGACGAGUCGCGCUGUCAGGUGAAAAUCUCUGGCGACAUGAUGUUAUCAUUUCCAGCGGGCAUUGUUGGCCUUCUAGCGAACAAUCCUAAUCCUGCGAAGCUUGGUUUUCGCAUCAAGAAUGUGCAGAGUUUGGAGAAUUUAAUACCGAACUCGAAAUUAGUGCAAAUCGAUCGCAAUCAAUCCAGCUCCUUCAGUACAAUGCUGGAAUUCAAUAUGCCCGCUUUGACUGCCUUGCUGCGGCGGCAAGCGGAACAUAAUCCCAACGCGUCAUACUUCAAUGUAGACAUACUCAAGUAUCAAGUGCGUUCUAAGCCAGGCGCUUCAUCGUGCCCCUUCCAGCUGGUGUCGUAUUGGAAGUGUGAGCCCACAUUUACAGCACUUAAAAUCGAUUACAAGUACAAUAACCAUGCAAUGGCAAGCGGCUCGCCGCUGUUAAACGUAACGCUCUCGGUGCCCGUGAACGGUUCUGUGCGCAAUGUGCAGUCGAAACCUCAUUCCGCGUGGCUUGGUGAGUCCAAUCGGUUGGUUUGGAAUUUCACCGACAUCUCGCAAAAUUCCCAAGAUGGGGGCGUUGGAACGUUGCGCGCACGUCUCGAACUGAACGAAGGUCCAUCCAUACCGGCCCUGCUGACUACACAAUUCAAUUGUGAGGGCACUACAUUGUCGGGCAUUGAGUUUGAGCUACAGGGCAGCGGUUAUCGGUUAUCGUUGGUGAAGAGGCGUUUUGUCUCCGGCAAAUAUGUGUGCGAAGGCGACGGGGUGCGCAGCGGCGCCACACCUACCCCACCGUCAGUGGGGUCGUCUAGUCCAUUUUCAGCAAAAUCGAACUAGUUUACAAACGCAACUAAUUCUCAAGAACGAAGAACAAUAAAUCCGUAUAAACUAGCAGCAUCAAAGGUGUAAAACGAUUUUUUUUUUUAUUUAUAAGUAUCCAUUACUAUCUACAUGGACUUCAACCAACCAGAAAUACAAAUUAUAACAUAUAAAUAUCUACAUAAAUUUAACGGCAUAAAAGCAACGACAUUUUUGCAAAUGUAUGUACAUACAUAUACGGCUAGACAACUGAAAAAAUUUGCUACACGCUAAACAUUCACUAAAUGUAUGUAAUGUAGAAAACUAGGCUCGUGAAUUAAUAAAAAAAGCGUUGUAAAAUUAAUGAGGAAGAAAUUUAAAAGAUGUGCACACAAAAAUGUGGCAUGCAUUAUGCUAUCUAGAAAAAAAAAACCUUGUAGAAGCUGAAUUUUUUUUGUGCUUUGUAUUUGUACGUAUUAUACGCAUUUGAAUGCUAAACAGCCGAGCGUAGGAACUGCAGUUACCUUUGGUAGAACGCCGAAUUUAACUUUCGCGCUACAUUCUCUACAAGCUUAUUUCAUUUUUUGUGUAAUAUAUUUAUUUUUCAUGGUGUCACUACGCCAGAGUUUGUGUUAGUCGUUUGGGAAAAAAACGAGCCAGUUAAUUGAAUUGUCAACCUUUUUUCUUUUCGCAUUCUAUGAAAUAAUCAGUAAAUAUGUAGCGUGAGAAGAUUGUACUUUUACGUGUUGUAUUGUUAAAACUCUUAUUAUUACCAUAAACAUUAUUACUAUUGAAAAAAGUAUGUAUGUAUGUAGAUUUUUAUAUAUACAUAUUUACUUGUAUAUGCUAAUAUUAAACUAGAACACUAAGUGUUGAUUUUAUGUUUAUUUUUUAAAUGAAAAAAUAAAUAAAACAUAUUAUAAUGAUGGAAAAUAGAUAGUAACACAUACAUACAUACAUACAUACUUACAUACGCCCAUGCAAAUCUAUUACAAGCAUAUAUUAAAUAAACGCUAAUAGCAUUUUUUGGUAUUCUUAUAAAUGCCCAUAACAUAACUACAAAUGUAAAAAAUAUGCAUUUUCCAAACCAAAUGUAAUAGUUUCUGUAAGAAAAAAUAUUUUGUCUAUCACUGAACUUUACUGCAAAUCUUCGGUUUGUCAACUUUGUAGGUAUUCUACAGUAAUUUAAAAAUAUUUUUAGUUGCUGCACUGUAAGCACCUACAUAUCUGCUUCGAUCAUUACCGCUUUAAUGACUAUGUAGACAGAACUAUACCACAAAUACACACAAAAAUAUUCCAAGA